CUCCCAACCCGGUCGCUUUCUGGUACAGCCAACCCGUUGCUAGGCUUGGAAAACGUGCUCGGCUACCCGAUGGUACUGGAUCCAAAAACUCACCGCAAUCGAGGGGGGCAUUCCAGCCUUAAUUGCAGUUGCCCUGUUCAGCCGCGGCUCGUACUUCGUAUAACGUACCCAUUCACCCUCUCCCUUCGGAUCUUCGGAAACGCAGUCAUAUGUUCAGCUUCCAUGCAGCUCACUCAGAUCGCUACGUGCCUGAGCAUUGUACUUGGUGCGACUACCGCUGCGGCGCUGGCUCUACCCGACCGGAACGAGCAGAUGGUUCGAUCGGUUACUGUUCCCUUCAACGGCAGCAGCGCCCAAUUCUCGGCGACCUUGUCGCUGGAUUUUGACGAGCCUAUUCCUGCCGUCGAAGCCAGACAGCGUGUCGACGAAAUCACAAAGAGAGGAGCAGAAGCUCCCAUCGAGGUUGAGCUCGGGCGCCGGCUCGGCCCCGACUACAUCUCUUGCGAAGGCAGCGGCGACUGGAGUGACUCCAACGGCAAGCUGACGCUGCAGUACAUUUGCACUACCAAGUACCCUCUCUCGUGGAGCUUCAAGAUCUCAGCCGCCGUCAAGAAGAUCAUUGUCAGCAACGUCAGCGAGAGGGGUCUCUCGUGGUGGCGCAACGGGAAGAAAAUGCCCCAGAACGCGCCUCACGUCGAGGGAAAGGGAUAUGUCUUCCAUGGGACCAUGACCGGGGCGAACCCCAACAGCAAAAUCCAGUACCAGGAUUACUUCUCUUUCCGCCACAACGUUGGCAGUGGCGGCACGGGGAGCAUCACGUUUGCGGGAGAGGUGCACACGCUGCGUGACUGAAGCGGCUGAAUCCUGAAGCACAGGAGUGCCGCCAAGGAAGUGUGAUCUCCGCCUUGGCUGAGAAGGCUCCCCGGCUCCCGGUCGAGGAAUGCAGUUCAUGCAGACUCUGUUACAUAGCUUUCCCUACAACGACCCCGUGCACCCGAUAAUGAUGUCCUUUUCAAGUGUUUGGGACGUCAACUCCCACCGGCUUGCCGUGUCUCCGG